GUUUGAAUAUUGCUUCAGGGUCACGGUGCAGAUAUCAAAGUCUAGGGCAUUAUCGAUGUGACGUGUCGUCUCAAGUAUUUUGUUUUCUGGGAAAAGCCACUUAUUAAUAUUUGCUAUUCUGUGGUCUAUUAUGAACAUUAUUUAAUAGCCCCAUCUUCAGUUGAAAUAUGGUUGGAACACUGUUCAGUGCUUUCAGCAUAUUGUGGCAUUCUGUGUCAUUCAUCAGCUUACAGACUUUAGGAAUCUUACUAUUUGGAAUUUAUUUUUAUCGUUUAAUUAAAAUAUGUUACAACUACUCGAUUGGAAGAAUACUGUUUUCAAAACGAAAGAACUUAAAACAAUCAGGUGAAUGGGCAAUUGUGACUGGUGCCACUGAUGGAAUAGGCAAAGCAUACGCGGAGGAAUUAGCUAAAGAUGGUUUAAAUAUUAUGUUAAUAAGCAGAAAUUUGGAAAAAUUAAAAAGUGUCGCCAACGAAAUUGAAUCGUCUUAUCAUGUGAAAACGCGUAUUGUUGUUGCGGAUUUCACACAAAAUAAUAUUUAUGAAUCAAUUGAAAAAGAAAUAUCUCAAUUAUCAUCUAUUGCUUGUCUUGUUAAUAAUGUUGGCAUGAGUUAUCCAUAUUUUGAUUAUUAUACAAAUGAUAAAUUUAUGAAUAUACAUUUUAUACAAAAUUUAAUUGCUUGUAAUACACAAUCCAUAGCAAUUAUGACUUAUAUUGUUUUACCAAUCUUAUUAAAACAACAAAUGAAUAAUUCAGCUAUCAUAAAUAUUGGUUCAAUGUUAGGUUAUUUACCAUCACCAUUUAAUUCAUUAUAUGGUUCCACCAAAUCAUUUAUACAUCAUUUUUCUAAAUCUAUUCAAGCUGAAUUGAAUCUAUCUAAUAAUAAUAAUAAUAAUAAGAUAAUGAUUCAAACUGUUUAUCCAUUAUUUGUUGCCACAUCUAUGUCACGUACAAGUAGAACAUCAUUGUUUAUACCAUCCCCGAAAGAUUAUGUGAAUAGUGCAUUGAAUAUGUUAGGUGUAGAAGAAUUUACAACUGGUUAUUUUCCACAUGCAUUACAAUGUUAUGUAUUAACUUCAAUACCUAUAUCAUGGGUUUAUAAUAAAUAUAAACAAAUUGCUGAUAAAGCACGUAGAAAAUAUCAAUAAGCAUUAUAAUCUUUAUUUGACCUGCUUCGAUUUGGGCACCCAGACAGUAUCACAGCCCUCACACACAUAUCGAAUGAGAUUUGUGUGGCGUAUAUGUAUUUGGUGCCUCCUUGUACCAAUAUCUAUGUGUUAAAAUAAAUCAUCUCUAUUGUUGUUUCAACUAUCUUUUUAUUUAUAUAUAUAUGUAUUUUUCUAAUAUUAAAUUCUUAAAUAUUAUUAUGGAUAGAUUAGUUUCUUAAUAGGAUGUCAAUAAUAUGAAACUAAUAACUUUAUAUAAAAGUUUCUACAAGUUGUACAUCAUGGCGAUUUUCACCUCAUUAUAUGAUUGUCAUUAUCAUUAAAUUAGAUAUAUAGC